CUCGGUGGUUGCCCCGCGGGAGGCUGGGCUGGCCCGCUCCGCUGCACCCCGGAGCUCUGCACUACGCCCCUAGAAUCGCAGCGCCAGCCCUCGCCCGUCUCGGCCGCCUGGUGCAUCCGGGCUCGCGCGGCGCCGCAGCCGGCCCUCCCCCCUCCCCGCGCAGAGCCGAGUCGCGCCGUCGCCCCCCGGCGGGUGGCCAAGCCCGGGCCCGCGCCCCUGCCCGGCCUGCGCUCGGGGCUGCGCGGCCCCGCGGACUGGAACCUUGUCCCCGCGCUCGGCCCGGCCCGGCCCGCCGGGGAGAUGAGCUUCUUCGGCUUCGGGCAGAGCGUGGAGGUGGAGAUCCUGCUGAACGAUGCGGAGAGCAGGAAGCGGGCCGAGCACAAGACGGAGGACGGCAAGAAGGAAAAAUAUUUCCUCUUCUACGACGGGGAAACGGUGUCCGGGAAGGUGAGCUUGGCGCUCAAGAACCCCAACAAGCGUCUGGAGCACCAGGGCAUCAAGGUCGAGUUCAUCGGGCAGAUCGAGCUCUACUAUGACCGCGGAAACCACCACGAGUUCGUGUCGCUGGUGAAGGACUUGGCCCGGCCCGGGGAGAUCACCCAGUCCCAGACCUUCGACUUUGAGUUCACCCAUGUGGAGAAGCCGUACGAGUCCUACACGGGCCAGAACGUGAAGCUGCGAUAUUUUCUUCGGGCCACCAUCAGCCGCCGCCUCAAUGACGUGGUCAAGGAGAUGGACAUUGUGGUGCACACGCUCAGCACGUACCCAGAGCUGAACUCCUCCAUAAAGAUGGAGGUGGGCAUUGAGGACUGCCUGCAUAUCGAGUUUGAGUACAAUAAGUCCAAGUACCAUUUGAAGGACGUCAUCGUGGGGAAGAUCUACUUCCUGCUGGUGAGGAUCAAAAUCAAGCACAUGGAAAUUGACAUUAUCAAGCGGGAGACCACGGGCACUGGCCCCAACGUGUACCAUGAGAACGACACCAUAGCCAAGUACGAGAUCAUGGACGGGGCGCCCGUGCGAGGUGAGUCCAUCCCCAUCCGGCUCUUCCUGGCGGGCUACGAGCUCACUCCCACCAUGCGGGACAUCAACAAGAAGUUCUCGGUGCGCUACUACCUCAACCUGGUGCUGAUCGACGAGGAGGAGCGGCGCUACUUCAAGCAGCAGGAAGUGGUGUUAUGGCGGAAGGGGGACAUCGUUCGGAAGAGCAUGUCCCACCAGGCGGCCAUUGCCUCCCAGCGCUUCGAGGGCACGAGCUCCCUGGGCGAGGUGCGGACCCCCGGGCAGCUGCCCGACACCAACAGCAGGCAGUAGGCCCCGCUGGGCCCAGCACCCCAUCGUCUGCCAAGCACCAGCGGCCGGGGCCAGGGGGCCGGUCACUUGAACCUGAAAACAAAUCAUGUCUUUGCUGUCAAUUCUUUUCUCUGGAGAGCGGAGGGGCCCUGGAGAGGGAGCAUCCCGGAAGCUGGUCUCUGAGAGGGUCUUCCCAGGGGGCUGCCUCCCUGCUCCUCAGGGAGCAGAACAGGCAUCCUAGGCCCCUGAGCUUCCCGCUGCAGGAUGGGCCGUGCUGGUCCCCGACACCUCGGUGGUCACCCCGUCUGCUGUCCCUGAGGCAGUGACCGACAGAGCUGGGCCUGCCCCGUCAACAGGCUACGGGAGAGUCGCGGUCAGGAAGCUACCUCCGGAGAGUCUCGAGCACAGUGCUCCGAGGCCUUCCAGCUCAUCCAGCCUUGGCCUCUGGCUCCUGAGUGACCUGGAGAGAUGUGGCCGUGCGAGGGCCCUGGGCUGACUGUCCCCGGCCCCAUGAGCACGUCCGGGCACUAGGUGAUCAGGGACAGUGUCACAUAACACACAGUCGUGGGAGUUUCACUCUAGCCGGCAGGUGAGACAAGGGAGCUGGUGGCGGGGCCGGGUACCCCUGGCUUCCCGGUGUCCGUCCUGCUCCCUCCCUGUUCUCCGCGGACUCCCUGGGAGCCAGGGCUUGAUUUUAGACUCUGGGCAGCGCCGCCAAGAUGAGGAGGGUAUUGGGGGCCCUGGGACACCGCAGGUCCCCAGAACACCUUGCUGAGCCCCGGCGUCUGCUAGGACACAGAGGUGGAAACCAGAGGUCCCCACACGUGCCUGUGGCCCAGCAUGGGCCCACUUGUCUGUGAAGGACCAGGAACCAUCUCUCAUUUGCGGGCCUCCCCUCCCACUGGCUGUCAGAUGGGCUACGUGAAGUAGUGGCAAAGGCCCAGCCCCAGGGCUUUGCCUCUCUCGGACCCCCAGUCCCCUUGGUGUGGAGCCGGUCCUCAUCUGCCAGCCCAGGGGUCCACAGUCAGCACGUGGACGCCUGGGAGGCAGGUUCUCUGUUCUUGGCCUUUUGUGCGCAUGAGCUGGGCUGAGGGUCCCACCCCCAGUCACAGGACUGCUAAGCAGAAGCAAGAGGCUGCCUGUCCCCCUCCCCCAGCUGACAACUUUCAUUCCCGUCUGACCCUGUGUCCCGUCACGAGCUGCACUGGGCCAAGCCUCCGGUUCUCCCCUCCCCGUUCCUGGUCUCUACUUCACACCUGGUGUGGAAGUGGGGAGCGCCAGGCCCCAGGCCAAGCAGCUGCCUGUUGACACGUUUCCUGAUGUGUUGUCUUCCCAAUGGCUGUAUUUAAAAAAAAGCAAAGGAACCGUUGUUUCACAUGUCUCUGAUUAAAGGAAGCUCGUGACUUGGA